AUGCUGAGCAACUUGCACUUCAUAAACUCUGCGACACACACAAUGGAAGCAAGAAGAUUGACUCCUAUUCUUCAUUACGGACAGUCCAGUCUCAUUCCUAACACACAACACUAUCUGCUUUUCAACUCUUCUAUCUAUCAUAUGUACUAUACAUACAAGAAAGAACAUAGCGUCGGCGAGGAAAAUCUAACACCUUAUUUACCACCCUCGCACACACGAACCUGUGAUCCAAAGACCCAACCAACCUCCCAUAUACCCUCCAAACACGACAGAAUCCCCCAACAGCACACAAAUCCGUGUCCAUCCAAUCAAUCGUGCAUGUCAUCACAUCUCGCAGCGUGCGUAGAUUGCCUCCCCAACAAAACCUGCGGGAACACUAAGAAAGAAAGAAAAAAAACAAGUUGGCAACCUGUCACUGUAGCGUGCAGCAGCGUCACAAAUGGUAGCAUCGCCGUCCUUGAUACAUCUCAUCUCAACAUAGCUGGGCGCAUAUACAUAGCUCCCGGUGGAACACAAAAGUCGAUAACGGUGACGGCAUUCAUUCAUUUGCUGUGCAUUCUGCUUCAACUUUGCUUUUACUUUUCUCAAUUUUUUUUUCUGGUUCCUCGUGGGAUCAACACUACUCCACCCCGUCGAUAA